AUGCCGCGCGGAAUAUGCGGUGGAGGAUUGGAGCGUUCUUUUGUUGGAUCAUGCGCAGCCUACCACUGUCGUUUCAAAAGACUGAGUGUGGGACCCACACUUCUAAUGAAGAGAAAAAUUGCAGAAGAAAGGGGAAGAAUGAUUAUGGACAUCAUGCACCAGCUGCAAGAAGAAUAA